GCUAAGCUUGCACAAAACACAGUACAAGGUGCGAGAGACAUGAUGAAAACUGCACCAGAGCAUUGGUGUCGGGCCUACUUCAGGAUUGGCUCUUUCUGUGACUCAGUUGAGAACAACAUGUGUGAGUCAUUUAAUAAUGCCAUCAUGAGAUCAAGGUUUUACCCUGUAGUAACGGCAAUGGAAAUCAUUAGAAAGAAGGUCACUGUGAGGAUCCAACAAAACAGAGCAAAGUCUCAGAAGUGGCAUGGAACCAUUUGUCCAAAUAUUUUUAAGAAAUUGAAGGUGAACAUUGAAAGAUCCGCUAGGUGUCAAGUGUUGUGGAAUGGAAAGGAUGGGUUUGAAGUACAAGAAGGUGAGCACAGGAGAUACACGGUCAAUCUAGAAAACUGGACAUGUUCAUGUAGAUAUUGGCAACUUUCUGGCUUACCUUGUUGUCAUGCAGUGAGUGCAAUCUACACCUGCUCUAGAGAUUUGGACCUAUACAUUUCACCUUGCUACUCAAUAGCUGAGUACGACAGAAUUUAUGAUCAUGUUCUUCAGCCUGUGAAUGGACCAGAAGAUUGGCCAAUUUCUGACAAACUUAGACCUCUUCCACCUAAGAAAAGAACUCAGAAAGGCAGGCCCCAGACAAAGAGAAGGCAGGAAGAAGGAGAGAAACCUAGGGACCCAUCAAAAAUGUCACGAGCAGGCACUCGGGUCACAUGUUCUAGUUGUGGAACCCAAGGACACAACAAAAGAAAAUGUGCUAACAACAAUACUGCUGGCAAUAAAGAGCAAGCCAACUUCACAAGAGCAGCUACAAGGAGAAAGGAAAAGCAAGCAAGAACAGAGCAAGCUCAUGUCCCAUCAACACAACAAAGUUCAGCUCCUGGUCCAUCAUCAAAGCAAGCUCCUAGAGCAUCUAAGCCAGCAAAUAGGAUGAAGAAGGUCUCAACUUCAUAAAAUAGUCUGUCCACUUCACCUUUCUAUGAGAGAGCAAAGAAUAGAAGGAAAGCACAGACACAAUAAUUGAACUGCUAGUUACCUAGCUACACUGAAAUAAAUAUGAACUUGUGGUACAUGGUUCACUGUUAUGCAUACUCUGGUUCAUGCUAUAUUAUGUAAGACUGGUACUAGUAGCACUUGGUCCCUAUUAUGUGACACAUGUACUGUUUUGUGAUGUGCGCAUGACUUGUUUUUAUGUGAUUUCACUGUUGUGUUCAGAAAAAUGUGU